GGCGUGGUGUACCCAUCUGGCACCGAGUGCGCGAAGUGCUUCGACACGCGCAGAAAGUAUUUCAAAAAAGACUUGGACACGUUGAUGCAGGAACGGCAAGCAGAUGAUGAAGUUGAGGAGGCAUUUAACGCUCGCAGGCAUGAUGUCGUCCCUGGAGGGAACAAGUUCAAAGGCACGGGCACAUACGCCACUGAAAAGACUGAGGUGGAGAAAAAACGUUCGGACUUCAACGUAGGGUUCGUGGAGGGUCGUUUCGAACCUCUGACCGUCUUUGCGCGCAGGUGCAACUUGAAGUUCACAGAUGAAGAGUUGCUCAUCCACCACAUCCAGGCCGUCCUCGGGUUCACCGUGGUCGUGGACCCAGACGAUGGCGUCACGAAGGGCGUGGAGAUACUCGACCACGCUCCUGGCGUGAAGCGCUUCAGGCGGGGCGCGGGCCACUGCGCUUCCAAGAGCGAGAAGACGACCUACGACACCGAGGGCGAGGUGGCCGCAGAGGCGCGCAGGAUGGCGGACGAGCACGCCGCGCACCUCGGAGGCGAAGUCAGGUGCAGGUGUGGCGCGCAUGCACCUCGCGCAGAUGGCGUGGUCAUGGACGACGGUGCGCCCGAGGACUCCAUCUGCUGCGUCGGCAGGCAGAGCAGAGCCUCGAGCGGCCCAGCUUCCUUCGACGUGGGGCGCCAGCGCGCCGUAGUCACGCCAGUUGCCGAGGCUUCGCGCGACGGCGGCGAUGGAAUCUCCAAGGCCUCCGACGCGACCAAGCCAAGGAGACCCCGUCGCAGCGGGCCCCAGCUGGCGAUCGAGAAUGCCAAGGCCAUGCGAGAUAAGCUCGAGCAAAGUCAUUCUUGGGAGAAGCACAUGGAGUCGGCCAGCCGACACCGUGAUUUCAUGGCCUUGAUGAUUCGAACUGGCUCGCUAGCCCGAAAAGCAGGGGAGAUCUCUAGCAGCCCAGAGGCGGCUGAGAUCUCUGAUAGCUUGUUCGAGGUGAAGGAGACCCUGGAGGGCAGGCAGCGCUUCUUCGAUAGAUGCAAGGAGGACUUCCCCAGCGUCGUACUCGAGCCGUCUCUGGACGAUAAGGCCCACAUGCUCAUGUCCACGAGGCCAGCGAUGAUGUCCCUGCUGACGACGAACAUACACUACCUCAUUGAGAACAUAUUCGACAGGGACGUCGGCGACAAGUGCGCGCACGCGUUCGCAGUGGCCUUGAACGCCUUCGACGCGCGCGACGGCCCGCUCCAGACCAGCUUCGGCAUCCUGGGGCGUCUUCGACAGGGCGGCCGAGGACCCGAGGGUUUGGCCCAAGCAGUCUCCGAAGGCCAGAAGAACGCCACCUUAUCCUUGGCAGACAAGCUGUUGAAGUCCAGCGACGUGAAGCUGAUCGUCGGCGUCAUGCAACUCCUGGACGCGCACCCCCCAUGCAUGACGACUGCCCCCAUCGAGACGGUAGACGUCAAGGCCCCUUUCAAAAUGCUGGAGAAUGGUUGGUAUCCUCAAGCGUGGGUCGACAUGUACACUGUCCGCUCGAUCGGCCUCAUGCUGGCCGCUUCUUUGAAGCAUGAGUCGGGUGACGUUGACAGCAUCGAGAGGUCGAUUCGCCAGAUCUUCAUCAAUGUCGUGGAGAACGCUGCCAAGGUAAGCCCUCGCCUGAAAGCUCAAACCAGGUCGAUCUGCGGCGUGCAAGUGCAACACGGCAAGACGGCUUGGGAUAAGAUGGUGCACAUUCACAGCGAGUUCUCCCGCGUCACAAGCAUGUGCCAGGGCGAGGCUUUCGAGAAGGUGCAGCAGCUGGUUGAGGCUUUUGAGGGGGCGCUGAAGGAAGGCCCUGAGGCUUCCUAUUCCGUGCUGUUCGACGCCAUGGAAGACGCCGACACUGUGGCGACGAUCAAGCAGCUCGGGGCCGUGUUCGGCGACUGCGCGACGCGCGUCGAGGAUGUGAGCGUGGUCGGCAUGGACGGCGCUGACGUUGAGCACAUGAGGGACAAACAUGUUGGCCUGAUGAGGGACCUCGCGAGAUUGAUGCUUCAUCUCGGCAACGACGUGAUGGCCUUCUGCGAGCAGCAGCAGCUCUCCGUUCUCUUCGAAUAUGUAUUCAGCAAUCGCGAGGCCUCGGAUCUAUACACGCACGGUCUUUCUGACAGGCAGCCUGAUGUCCCAGAUGAAGCUUUGAGUCCACUGGAGUUCCUAGCUUUCCUGACGGAGUUCUUCGCGAGGCUGGUUCCGUUCAAGUUGCCCGACGGUGUUCAAGAACUUCGGAUUGCUUGCGCCUCUGCGGUCGCCAUCGCAGCCGACAUCCACCACGGCAAAGACGCAGUGGAGUCAUUUGACUUUGACGCCGCGGUUGGCUUCUUUGUCAAGGCGUGGACUAAGACCAAGGGUUUCGAUCCAAAGAGUGCUUGCGCCAACCUCCCAUGCCCUCAUGGCGCGGCAGCCGAGACCGCGCGCCACUGGGUCUUGAUUGGAACAAGUUCGGCAGAGAUCUCUGCACACGUGAAGCUGCUGUACACUAUGGACACGUACGAUGUCGGCGCAUGCAUCGCGUCUGUUAUUUCGGGUGUCGUCGGCCGCGGGGUGCACAAGAAGUUGGCUGACCUGUUCGGCCAGUUCUCGAGCGACCUGCCUGAGGGGGCCCUCCCUGUCCUGAAGGCGCCGGCUGCGUUCGAGCGUUUGGAGGAGGCGACUGCGAAGCGGGCAAACGGCAAGUCUCCAGGCGGCCUGCUUGACCUCACCAUCACGAUGCAGCUUGCAACCGAAGCUGAGAAGCUCCACCCAACGCUAGUUUCGGUUCGGCCGAACUUCCAACGCAAUAUCGGACAGCUUCGGGCCGACUGGGAUGCGACAUUCAACAGGAUGGUUGACAAGGUUAACCAGCUCGACUUGAUGGAACAGUUCGUGCACGCGUACACAGGCAUCUACAAAGCAGUCGAGAAGUGCGACCCCGACCCCACGAAGACCACGCAACCGAAAGAAGUCGACAAGGGCGCCCAAGCGGUGAACUCAGCAGCGACCCAACUACAUACUUGGAAGAACAUGUGCUCGCAGCUGCCACACCGCAUGAAGGGAUGGGCCGAUGAGCAAGCGACCAAGAUCAAGACGUUCAACGACAAGGUGCAGGAGUACGAGGAGAUGUACAACCAAGCAGCGAAGAUCUUGUCUUGCUGCUGCGUGCUCCCCCACGUGAUCGCCCUGGGGACGGCCAAGGACGCCCAGGAGAUAAAGGCUGUUGACGAGAAACUGGCCGAGAUGAACAAGUACAUCUCUGGAACGUUGCGGUGCAAGUUCGAGGACUUCCCGCCGAACCUGAAGAAGAAGCUCGCGGCCUCCGACGUGUUUGCCCCUCAUCGGGGCCAGGACGAGAAGAUGUCCGACGCCGCUGAGACAGUCGAGUCAUCCAGCAUCCAGGCGGCGAGCUCCGCCUCGGUGACGGCGCCCGCUCAGAAGGGCAUCGGCGGGCCCCGCAAGAAGCUGCUUCAGAACAAGCAGAAGUGA